CGGCCUUUUAAAAAACGAGGCAACCAUCCGGGCCUUCAGAAAAUUUAACAUGGCAGCCGUCUGGAGCAAACCAUGAUGAGAAAUAAAGUGAAAUACAGAUAAUCAAAAUGAAGAUCGACAGAAAUAAAUUAAAGAAAUCAACAACAGAAGUGCCUGCAGAUUGUCGGGUACUGAUUGAGAAGCUGCGAAAUGCGACAGAAGAAUACCUGUACAAAGAAUUACAGGCCAUCACGACUGUUACGUCAUGGACCUAUGGAAAGUGCGAGCUUUACCAUUGGUCGGAUAUAUUGGACAAGUUUGAUGAAAUUAUGGAAAAAGCCUGUAAAAAAGAGACAGAGAAAUGGACGCUGGCUUGUGAUCUGCCUUCAAAUGAGCGGCUGAAGGAGCUGCUGUUGUACAUCUUGGAUUUCACGUCCUUGCUGAUAGAGCACAGCUUCUCCAGGCAUCUAUACAACUCCAUGGAGCACCUGACUACACUCCUGUCUUCUUGUGAUAUGACUGUGGUCCUGGGGGUACUCAAUCUCCUCUAUGUCUUCAGCAAAAGAUCCAACUUCAUCACCAGGCUGAGCAAUGACAAGAAACAAGGACUCCUUGUCCGACUGACUCAUCUAGCAGAGAGUUGGGGUGGAAAAGACAAUGGUUUUGGUUUAGCAGAGUGCUGUAAAGAUGUGCCAACAUCAAGUUUCCCCUCUAGUGCCACAACUCUUCAUUUUGAGUUCUAUGUUGAAAAUAAAGAUGAAAAAGGAAGUAAAAAGAAUACUGCAAACACAAUAACUUCCAUACAUAUGGAGAAUUUGGAUAAAUCCACAAAAUUACCCUCGCAAAUAAUGGAGGACUUGUUGACAAACUUCAAAAUACCAGAGGAGAAACAGAUGCUGUUGUAUACACAUAUUCGCCUGGCCCACCUGUUCUCCAAUUACCAUGCACGAGUACAAUGCGUCCAAGCAAGGUUACAGGCCCUGGCCAUCCUAGUCUACUCCAAUGCAAUACAAGAAAACAUGAACUCCCUUUUGUACCCUGGACUUAUAGAAGAACUAGUUGACAUCGUAGAGCUGAAGGACAAUACCUUUGUCGAAAUCAAAGCUGCUUCCUUGAGAACUCUGACUUCUAUCAUUCAUCUGGAGAGGAACCCAAAAUUGAAUAAUAUAAUUGAUGCAACUGGAGCCUCGUCCUAUCACGGGUUUCUUCCAGUGCUUGUACGUUCAUGUAUCCAGCACAUGACAGAUCCUCUGUUGACGCCUUUCCCACAGAAAUAUGCCACUGCCUUGUUUUCCUUCCUGUAUCACUUGGCCAGCUACGAGAAUGGUGUGGAGGCCCUGGUGUCCUGUGGAAUGAUGGAGUGUCUCCUGAAGGUCAUUAACUGGUACGGAGACGGACAGGAGCACAUCACUCAAUUUGUGACAAGAGCUGUUAGGGUGGUUGAUCUGAUCACAAACUUGGAUAUGGCUGCAUUCCAGGCACAAGGAGGACUCUCCACAUUUAUCAACAGACUUGAGCAUGAAGUGGAUGUGUGUAGGAAAGAGCAGCCGUUUGAGAUCAAGACUAAGAGGAGAGAGUCGGUGCUGGAGGAGAGCCCGGUGUCCCCGGCCUCUGACAUGGAGACGGAGUCAACAGAGGCUUCUUCAUCAAGAACUCCAGCCUCCCCUGGGUCAGUAGACCCCAACCAGCCCUCCACAUCCUCGGGGGUCACACACGACAAGCUGAUCCCUCAAAACCCAACAAAGACAGGUGUUCAGUGUUACCCCCAAAGAGCAGCUCUGCUGAAGUCCAUGCUCAAUUUCCUAAAGAAAGCAAUUCCUGAUCCAUCAUUUUCUGACAGCAUCAGACAUUUGAUGGAUGGCUCGCUGCCAAAGUCUCUCCGACACAUCAUCAGUAACGCUGAGUACUUCGGGCCCUCUCUCUUCCUUCUAGCCACGGAUGUAGUGACUGUGUAUGUCUUCCAGGAACCAUCCCUGCUCUCCUCCCUACAAGACAGUGGCCUCACUGACGUUGUUCUUCAUGCCUUGUUGAUUAAAGAUAUCAAGACUCCCUACGAAAGCAGAAAAGAUAAUGUAAAUGUUCCAGCUACCAGAGAGGUCCUGGCCUCCCUUCCCAAUGUGUUUAGUGCAUUGUGUCUCAAUGCCAGAGGUUUGGAGUCGUUUGUCAGCUGUAAGCCCUUUGAUAGGUUGUUUAAGGUACUUCUCUCCCCUGACUAUCUCCCAGCUAUGCGGCGAAGACGAGGGUCGGAUCCGUUUGGUAAGAAUGGCGAUACAGCCAGUAAUCUUGGAAAUGCAAUGGAUGAACUCAUGAGACAUCAGCCCUCUCUCAGAAGUGAUGCCACAAAGGCUAUUAUCAAGCUGUUGGAGGAGGUGUGUUCUAUGGGGAGGGACCAGAAGUAUGUGUGUGUGAAACCCACCCCCAAGACAGAGCCUGUGAACAUGUCAGUACAGUCUCCCCAGCCCCCGGACAACAACUCGUCUGACGAAGAGGAGGAGGAGGAUGAGAUUCCUACAACACAGGACAUUGAUGGAAGCAAGCCAGAGACGCAGAGAGAGGCUGCUAGGGCAACUGUAGCCCAAAAUACCCAAGAAAAGCAGCAAAUUCCACUUAUGGAUUAUGUCUUAAAUGUGAUGAAAUUUGUGGAGGCCAUUCUGACUAACAACUCGACAGAUGACCACUGCCGCGAGUUUGUCACCCAGAAAGGAUUGGAGCCGCUGAUGAGUAUCCUAGGUCUUCCCAAUCUCCCUAUAGACUUCCCUACCUCCCCAGCCUGCCAGACGGUGGCUAUUGUCUGCAAAUCCAUUCUGAAUCUAUCCAGAGAGCCUCAGGUUUUGAAAGUUGGUCUGACCAAGUUGGAUGAAGUAUUAGAGAAGUUGAGCCCCCUUCACAAACCAUUGGACCCACCCGGUGGUUCUGUGUUACUAAGAGAGUUGGCCAGUGUGGCCUCCCCCACUGAUGCUACCCUGUCCCCACAGGCCACACCCCUCCUCCACACUCUGUCAUCAUGUCAUGCCUAUGUCAUGAUGUUUGUUCAUGUCUGCAGAAUGGGACAGACUGAUCUUAGAACGAUAUCUGUCAGCCAUUGGGGAUCAGAGCUGGGAUUAAAAGUACUGAGUGGUCUUAGUAAACUGUACACUUCUUUAGUGUGGGAGAGUACAGUACUUCUGGCCCUGUGUAGUGAGGAGAUACUUCCCCCAGGAUGUGCCUUUGGAAAGGCAGACAUGGACAAAUUGCUGCCCAAAGAUUUCAAAUUGGAGAAAGAAGACAUGUCUCCUGGAUCUGCAAUGGGAAGCAAUGGCGUCAGUGCAGCCAUGGAAUCUCUCUCCACGUCAGAGAAUAACGAAACGCCCAUGGAGGUGAACGAAGGAGCAAGUACAUCUAAAGAUGACAAAGAUGGAAAGAAAUCCAAAAUGUCUCCAGCACUGCAGGCCCAGGUAAAGCAGCUAAAACCUCUGUUGUCUGUGUCUUCUAGACUGUGUCGAACUCUAGCCGAGUUAUUCAGUUUACUGGUGAAGCUUUGUGUUGGAAGUCCUGUCCGUCAGAGGCGGUCCCACCAAAUUCCAUUACCCCCAACUGUGCCCUCCCCCUACGCACAGGCAGUGGCCAAGUCCCUUACUAAACUUCUGGCCAACGGAUUCCAGUGGGAACCCCCUGCAUGCUCACCAGUGCCAAAAUUAAGGUUGACGUUUUUGGUGUGUUUUGUUGGCUUUAUGUCCAUGAUGUUUGAUGAGAAGAAGCAGCCAUUUCAUCUUAUGCUACAGAAGUUUGUAGCUCUUGGGGGUCAGGAUGCCUUGUUCAAAGCAUUCGAGUGGGCAUUGACUUUGGGUAAAGAGACUUCCAAAGAUGGACAACCAGAAUUAUCAGAGGAGAUUGCCGAGUUCCUAGACUCUUGGUUGAUGUUGAUUGAGAGGAUGUCCAACCCCAAGACGAUCCUGGAGACCCCUCAUGUAAUGCCAUCUAAAUCUAGUCAGACUGGAUACGUUCCCUUCAGUGCUGUUCAAUACCUCAUCAAGGCACAGAAGGCUGCCUUUAAAGCAGUGAUGAGUCUUUGGAACAAGAAGCCAUUAAAGGUUUAUGGAGGUCGGAUGUCAGAGUCAAUGUUGGCCAUUCUCUGUAACAUCAUCAAGGGAGAGAAUAUUAUCAAAGAGAGGCUUGCCAAGGAGAGGGAAGAGAUGGGAGAUUCCUCCAAUUCCUCAGCAGCAGCAGCUGGUCCAUCCACCAGUGGAGGGGCAGGAGCAGGGGCUUCCCCAGCUGUUCCCAUGGCAACAUCUGCACCCAAUGAAACAGAUGUAAACGAGGCCCAUCUUCAACAGCUGAUGGACAUGGGAUUUACACGAGAACAUUGCAUAGAGGCCUUAGCUCUGACCCCCUCACUCGAGCAGGCCACUGAGUUUAUUCUAACGAAUCGGUCUGCAGACCUGGAAUCUCGAACAAGUGCCCCUCCAGCAGCCCCUGCCCCCACAAAUCCCCCGGGAGUGGUUAUGGAGAUGUCAGAGGAAGACCAGAUGAUGCAGGCUAUUGCCCUGUCUCUGGGAGAAAAUGUGGUCAUGUCGUCCACAGAGGAGAGCAAUGCUCCCUCUUCAUCCGGUACCAAACCAAUAGAGAAGACUCCCUCUAAACCCCAGGUAGAAAUACCUGAAGAGUACAAUGAAAAGCAGGAGGAGGAAGAACCAUUAGAGAAGUCUGUCAUUGACAACUUUACAGAAAAAGUUCUACCAGGUUGUUUGACUCUCCUUGAUGCCCUCCCAGAGACAGUGUACCGAGUUUGUGAUCUCUUGAUAGUGGUCACCAACAGGAAUGGGGCAGACUGGCAGAAAAUGGUGCUAUCUAAUCUUGUCAAAGAGAUUCAGUCCAUAGGUCAAAAGAUCCUUAACAGAGGCAAUAACUUAGAAUCGUUGACAGAGACAGAUAAGGAGGAUCUUCAUUCUGAUGCCUCAAAGUUUGCUGCAAGACUUCAUUUAUUCAGUUUACUAUUUGAGGAAAUGAUGCUUCCAUGUGCAGAGAGUGUAGAAAGUGUGUGGUUGACCGAUUUACUGGUGCAAGUCUUAAACAGUGGGCAGGAGUUCCUCACGGCAAACAAGGACUCAGUCACCCCAAAGUGGUUGGCUCCUUUGCUUCUGUUGUUGGAUCUCUACGAGAAGGUGUCUGUGAUAUCAAAGCGGAAAGCAGAAGCCAGCAAACUACUGUGUCACAGUCACACCUGGAAAUGGUUUGAUGACAGCAGUGGUCGAUGGUGUAAAUAUUCAGCAGUGAACAACAAGACAAUUGAUGAUGCUUACCAAUCAGGGGAAACAAGCAUUAGGUUUCAAGCAGGCAGGAGGAGAUACACUGUUAACUUUAACUCCAUGGUACAGAUCAACGAAGAGACCGGGAAUCGUCGUCCAAUCAUGUUGGCCUUUCCUUCCCCUGAAGAAAUGUCAGAAAAUGGCAAUAAAGAGGAGUCAAAAGAGCCUUCAGUAGAGACUGCACAGUCAGUCAGUAAAAUGGAAACAGAAAGUCCUCCAAAGACAGAAAACAGAAUGAAAGAGUCUGUGAUAGUGUCAGGGAUGAAUCCUGAUCAAAUUACCCAAAUUAUUAGGUGUAUUGUGUCCUUAAUGAACAUUCCCGUGGAAGCAGAGUGCCUACAUGCUGCCCUGCGCUUGGUGUUGCGAUUGACUAGAAAUCACCAGAAUGCCAUGUUGUUUGCAGAAUUGGGUGGACCUCGCAUUUUACUUACCCUGACCCAGAGUUCCUCAUUUCCAGGAUUUAUCUCCCUUGCUUCCUUGAUAUUUCGCCAUAUCAUUGAAGAACCAUCUUCUUUGCGAUACUGUAUGGAAAAGGUGAUAAAGAAAGCUACCAGUGGGACUGGCUCCAGUAUCCACGGUGUCAAGCCUGGCAGUAUGGGCUCCAAGGAGGUCAACUAUGUGUUCAGAGUCCUGGCACCAGCCGCCUGCAGAGACCCUGAGCUCUUCUGUGAUGUCAUUAAAACGACCUGUAGAUUCGCCCUACCUCCAGCCUCUAGUCGAAGAGAUGAUGAUGCUCGGUACAGUGGUCCUCAGAUCUUGAAAAGCGUGUCCACCACCAAGUGUGUGUCAACGACCGUAGAGUCCCCAAUAAAGGAGGUGUUACAUGACCUUCUGAACUGUCUUAUAGCGGAGUACAACUACCAGGACGAUGGUGUGUCUGGAGGAUUUGAGGUACAACCACCCUGUACCCUGGCAGAAGCCAUUGCCAGUGAAGCGAGGCCCUCCGCCAUACCCAGACAGGGCAGCUCAGCUGAUAUUACCAAUGAGGAGGAGCAGGCAGGUGAGCCAGAGACCUCAAAGGAUCAGAACAAAGAGAAGGAGCCCAAGGUCAGUGAGGAUCAGGAGAAGAAGCGGCCUUUGAUGCCCAAGUCCAGUGUCCUCCGGCUGCUGUCUGAGGUGGUCAAAUCCUACAGCAGCUGUACCCAGCUCAUCACUCAGUACACCUACACGGCCGCCCAGACACCACUGGUGCACGAGGAAUGUACAGUGUUGGCAUUUGUGUUAGACAAUCUCCUCCCUCAGUGUCAGAUAUUUGGGGACCGAGACUGCCCCGCCCUGUCCCGUGUGUUUAUCGCCAGCAUCGCGUCCUGCAAUCACAGUCCUGAUGCUCAGAUGACCCUGGUGACGGAGAUCAAGGGGGCGCUACAGAGAGCCCUGGCCCUGCCAGAGAGUGCCCUUAAACACACCAGGAUCCGUGCCCUGACCAAUUUAAUCAGUAUUAUCAUUGACUCAUGCCCCAGCCCUGGGGGCCAGGUUCCCAACCAGAUGUUCAAGGGUCAGCAAACGGUCAUGAACAACAUUGUGAAGUCUCUACUCAAGAAGGGCUUAGUUACAGACCUGGCCCGGCUUCCCCACAGUCUGGACCUGUCUAGUCCGUACAUGGCCAACACGAUCAACUCGGCUCUGAAGCCUCUGGAAACCCUCUCCAGGGGUGUCAACCAGCCCGCCCAGAGUGUGGUGUCAAAGGUCAAGAAAUCAGAGACAGAGACUUCACUACAACAGACGACUGAAUCUCAGGAAGACAACACAACCACAGUGCCUGCGCCAACCACAACACCGGCCGAACCUUCCCAUGUAGGGGAGAUAACUAUCGAGGAUAUCUCGGACCACACGGACACUGGGACAAUGGAAGAGACGGAGCCCAUCAGCACUGUAGAACCAGAGAACGAGGAUGGAGAACGGGGAGAGACAGAGCUGGAUAAUGUGCUAGAUGUCUUACUUAACCGUGAUGGCAACCCAAACAACGAAGUGAUCGGAGAUAUCGUCAUGGAUUCUGAGGACUUAACACUCCAUGACUCUCAGAUGGUCAGUCAGGAGAUCUCCAUUGAUGACGACGAUCCAGAGGAACAUGUACAUGGUGACGACAGCUGUAUUCACAAUGAAGAUGACAGUGCAUCUGAUGUAGAUGAUGAUGAUGAUGAUGACGAUGAUGAUGAAGAUGGUUGUGAGGAUGGAGAUGGGGAUGAUGAAGCAGAAGAUGAUGACGAUGAUGAUGAUGAGGAAGAAGAUGAAGAUGAUGAGGGUUCUGAUAUGGAGGCAGAGGAGGAGGAUGAUUACCCUGAUAUUGACCCGACCCUGAAUCCCAUGAGCGAGUUUGACGAUAACAUCAUGCACAUGGAUGAAAUCUUCCCCACUGGGAGUGGUAGAAGUCAGAGCUUACUUUUCAAUGAAAACAGUGGUUUCAGGAACAUCGGCUUCCAGAUCCCCAUCAGCUUACAUGACAAUGAUAACGGCAAUGAUGACUCAGCACCUGCCAUUCCCCCAGCUCCUGUCAAUGUGAUGUCCUCCCACCCUCUCCUAGUGAGGCAGCCUGACGGACAUGCCAUGAUGGGGGUACAGCGAAGGGGGAGGGGCAGGAGGGAGGCAUCAUGCCGAUACAACCCCACCACACAGACUCUACAUGUCAAUCUGCAGAGGCAGCCCAACCCGCCUGUUAUCUUACAAAGGUUACUUGGUCCUACCACAGCAGCAGAUGUCCUUCAGCUGACCUCGACCUUGACCUCUGUAGCUGGCCCCAACCAUGGCAGGUUGAUGGUCGGUAAUGAUGAUCUCCGCAUCAUAUCUAGGCCUGACGACGACUUGAUUGAGGAGUUCUUGCAUAAUACGAUAGAUCAAGAUGGAGGGCAGGGAGGUUCUGGUGUGCUGACCUACAUUCCCUCCACUCUGACGCGAUGGACGGAGGAAGCCAAAGUUCUGGAUGGAGACAGUGUUCACGAUUGCGUGACUGGUUUGAAACCAGACUUAAUAGAUUAUUUGGAGAAAAAGAGGGAGGAAGAGUUGGCGGAGAGGAAGGAGAAAUCUCAGAAGCAGUCGGAGGAAGCCAGCAAGGAGAAGUCCAACAACACCUCCAUAGGAUGGGAGGCUCCACAAUAUAUGGAGGUAACACAAACCCCAACAACAACCAGUGGCUCAGCGGCUACAACAACUGUUACCAUGACAACCUCUGACUCCACAGUGACCACCUCAGCAGGAAGGCAGAUAAGUGCCUCUGAAGCAGCUGCUGCUGCGGAGCUGAUAGCCACAGCUGUUGUGGAGGACAUCUUGGCCCUACCCCAGGGCCAGUCGGCACCACCUCCAGCCUCUGUUGGAGCCCCAGCGAAUACAUUCACCACCCCUGCCGUCACCAUGCCUGCCGUGGCUCCCAAUGCUCCCGUGGUGGACUACCACCGCCCCGUGUCUUCUUUCUCAGGAAGUACUCCAAGUGGUCCCUGUAACCUAGCCUCUCUGUUGCUGUCAGAGGAUUUGAUCCCUGACUCCCCUCUCUCCAGCUCAUCCAUUGAUAAUCUCCCCCAGGGAUUGGGACAGGAGUCAGUGCCUCCACCCACCCUGGAAGGCAGUAUCACCCCAGAGGAGACUUCAGCCAUCAGCAGUUCUGAUGCCGUCACAGUGCAGUCUUCAGAGAGUUCAGAGGAAUUGAAUUCAGGAAAUGUUGCUGAUGCUACUACCACUAAUUCAUCCAGUGGGUCACAGCCUUCAGGUGUCUUGGACAACAUUGCGAAUGCCCUGACCAUAGACACGGCAGGUAUCGGUACCCCUCCAGCAUACCAUGGCUUCUCCUCCAGCCUCUUCCCACAAAGCACCACAGGUAAUGAUCCCCCGGUCAAUCUGUCAGCCCUUACUAGCAGCAUGAUGGGGGCUCUCAGUGCCUCGAUCAACGUCCCCUCCAGCAUCCUGUCUACUGGGGGAGAGGCUGGGAGUUCCUCAGCAGUCGGUGAGGAAGGGGCACCUGCUCCAUCAAGUGCCUCCAAUGUACAGUCUGGUUCAGCUCUUGAUGGAUUCGGAGAAUUUCCAGAUGGUGUGGACCCAUCAUUUUUGGAAGCACUGCCGGAAAACAUACGACAGGAGGUUAUAGCAGAACAAAUGAGGCUACAGAGGAUUCGACAGAGUGCCAGGGAGCAGGCCCAGACUGCCCAAUCCACCGGCUCACUCCAAGUCAGCCCCGAGUUCCUAGCAGCUCUGCCACCCAAUAUCCAGGAGGAGGUGCUUGCACAACAAAGAACAGAGCAGGCUCGGAUGGCCGCCGUACAGCAGCAGACCACGGCUAAUGCCGAGGCCCCCGUGGACCCGGUCAGCUUCUUGGCCUCCCUUCCCAGCUCCCUACGGCAGCAGGUGCUGGCAGACAUGGAUGACAGCACAGUGGCAGUACUGCCCCCUGACCUUGCCGCUGAGGCCCAAGCUCUGCGCCGCGAGCUGGAAGAGAGACACCGCAGGCUGAUGCAGGAGAGGCUGUUUGCCCAGGCCGCCGGUGCAGGUUCUCUGUCAGCUAUUCUUAGACAUUCAGGUUUUGGGGGUCGUCUGGGAGGAGGAAGGUUGGCCAUUCGAGCACUCCCCCGCAGUGGCACUCAGUGGACAUGGGCGUCCAGCCGUCUCAACGGACCCAGCUCAAGCUCCAAUCAGAAUGCAGUAAAAUUACGCGGGCGACACCUACUGGAUCAUGAGGCCUUAACGUGUUUACUUGUUCUGUUGUUUGUGGACGAGCCGAAGUUGAACACAACGAGAUUACAUAGAGUGUUACGCAACCUGUGUUAUCAUGGGCCCACGAGGAUGUGGGUCAUCAGGGCUUUGUUGUCCAUUCUGCAAAAAACGGGCGACUGUCGAUUGGAGGAUGAGAAAUCUGCACGAGAGAAAGGAAAGAAGAAGCUGGCGACGGAGAGUGAGUUGACAGUUAAAAGUGACACAAAAAAUCAGGGCUCCUGGCUGUCCAUAAGUCUGGAGGCUGCUCUUGGUUGUAGAGCCAACGUCUUUCAAAUUCAUAAAACGGGCAAAAAACACUUAUCUGGGAGCUGUCCUGGCUCUGUGACUAUCCAUGACCAGGCUUCUCCUGUGGUGUGUAGGCAUGUGUUAGACACUCUGAUAGCACUAGCUAAAAUAUUCCCCAGUCAGUUUCUUCCAACUUCAAAAGUGAAGGAAGUUGAAAAGUGCAAUGAACAUGGUGAAGAGGGUAAGACAGAUAGUGAGAGUAAAACAAAAACAUCUAGCUCCUCUACUAGUACUAGUCCUAAAAGUGCCAAAGAUUCAACAACAACAACUACAGAGACAGAUUUCUGGGAUCUCUUGAUCAAACUGGACAGCUUAAAUGCAAACAAGAAAGGUAAAAGUGUUCAGAAGACAGCCAGCAAUGUUGACGGGGAGGCCAACUUCUUCAGUUACGACUCCUCUCCCCUGGGACAGUUGAUGUUCAUGUUGUCGCACCCAGUGAUAAAGCGGAGUCAGUUGUUAACAGACCGGUUAUUGAGACUGUUAGGCCUUGUAUCCCUGGCUCUCCCUGAUGUUACGCGCAACACGUCUACCGCCGGUAUCACUUCAACGACUACGGGGGUCACUGGAGCAGGUCUGAUGACCACUGCAGCAGCAAGUGGUACUGCUACCGCUACCACUACAACCACUUCCACCUCUGCAGGUGGUACACAGACCACUCCAACUGUGGUUUCUAGAGGUGUCAGUACCACCAAACCUCCAGUAGUAGAGGAGAAGAAGGAGGAGGUCAAAGUGAAAGAAGAAGGAUCGGUGGUGUUAGAGGACAGGCUACAGUUAGCUGUACAGGUGCUGACUUCCAAGUCCUGCUCUGAGGAAGGACUAGAGGAUGCCACAAACUUACUGUUACAGUUGUCCUGGGCCAAUAAUGCCACGCGCCAGGCGGUCCUCAAACUUCUGCUGGAGGGGGCCAGGGUCCUCGGCAUGACAGUCUGUGCUCAUAUCAGGUCGCUGUUGGAGGAACUGAGUGAAUUUACAAAGAAGAACAAAGACCUAGAGGAUGACAAGGACAUGGAGACCACGCCCUCACAGUCGUCUAAAGGCUACAUACAGGACAGGUAUAACCCCAGUGCCAGUGUUGUGGUGGCAGCCCCCAAAAAGAUCAAGGCUGGCCGGGAGCUACAGCUGCCCUCCAUGUCCCUCCUGACCAGCAAGACCUCCAGCCAACAGUUCUUCCUGAGGAUCCUCAAGGUCAUCAUCCAGCUACGAGACGCGGCCAAAAUACAGGUCAAACGAACCGCCAGGAGAGGGGAGCGAGACCUGAGCAGUAUCACGGAGGCAAUGGCAGCCCUCGAGGCAGAGGCUGAAGCCAUCAUGGACAUGGUUGGACGUCGCUCAGAGCAGCAGAACCAGGCCCGGCAACAGCAGGAUUCCAGCAGCAGCAGUGCCCCCUCGGACCAGCCAGCUGAGCAGGCACAAGAGGGACAACCGGCCAACAACCCACCCCCAGUCGAUGCCAACCCCGACUCUCCGAUGGAUGUAGAUCAAUCAGGGCCCUCCACAUCCCCUCAAGAGAAGACUGAGGAGUCUGCCCCUCCCCAGCAGUCUCUGAGUGACCAGCUGGGGCUGGAGGAGUUGUGGAACACCCUGGGGGACUGUCUGACAGAGCUUGCUAAGACCCCGGACCACCAUGCAGUCCUCAUCCUACAGCCGGCAGUCGAGGCCUUCUUCAUUGUUCAUGCUGGGGAGAAGGAUGCGAAAUCUCAGGACCAGAGAACACCGAGGCGGGAGGAUCAGCUGGCACAUCUCAACAUGGACCUGGCCCCGGCCUCGCCUGCAGCCCCUGGGAGCGAGAAUCCUGCCCCUGUCCAACGGGAUGGCUCCAUCACGUCUGUGUCCUCUCUCACAGCGCUACCCCCAGACACACAGAAGUUCCUCAAGUUUGCUGAGACCCACAGAACAGUUCUGAACCAGAUUCUGCGUCAGUCCACCACCCCCCUGUCUGACGGACCGUUCUCCGUGCUGGUCGACCACACCCGUAUCCUGGACUUUGAUGUGAAGCGGCGGUACUUCAGACAGGAACUAGAGCGACUGGACGAGGGAAUGAGGAGAGAAGACUUGGCUGUACAUGUCAGGAGAGAGCAUGUGUUUGAGGAUUCCUUCCGGGAACUCUUCAGACGCACCGCUGAUGAAUGGAAGCACAGAUUCUACAUUGUGUUUGAGGGUGAAGAGGGUCAAGAUGCUGGAGGCUUGCUAAGAGAGUGGUACAUCAUCAUAUCCAGGGAAAUCUUCAACCCCAUGUAUGCUCUGUUCAGUACAUCACCAGGAGACAGGGUCACCUACACAAUCAACCCGUCCUCUCACUGCAACAGCAACCACCUCAGCUACUACAAGUUCGUGGGUCGCAUCAUCGCCAAGGCUGUGUACGAUAACAAGCUUCUGGAGUGCUACUUCACUCGGUCAUUCUACAAACAUAUCAUAGGCCAGACUGUCAAGUACACAGACAUGGAAAGUGAAGACUAUUCUUUCUACCAGGGUUUGGUAUUCUUGACGGAAAAUAAUGUUUCAGAUCUUGGAUACGAUCUCACAUUUAGCACAGAGAUUGAAGAGUUUGGUGUGACUGAGGUCCGGGACUUGAAGCCUGGGGGUAGGAACCUCUCUGUAAACGAGGACAACAAGAAGGAUUAUGUGAAGUUAGUGUGUCAGAUGAAGAUGACUGGAGCCAUACGCCAGCAGCUCAAUGCUUUUAUGGAGGGCUUCUAUGAUAUCAUUCCUAAACGCCUAAUCUCCAUUUUCAAUGAACAAGAGCUGGAGCUUCUGAUAUCUGGUCUGCCCACCAUUGACAUUGACGAUCUGAAGGCCAACACAGAGUACCACAAGUACCAGGCCACCUCUCUACAGGUACAAUGGUUCUGGCGUGCCUUGCGUUCCUUUGAUCAGAAAGACCGAGCCCAGUUCCUGCAGUUUGUGACCGGAACGUCCAAAGUUCCUCUACAAGGCUUUGCUUAUCUGGAGGGGAUGAAUGGAUACCAGAAAUUCCAGAUACACCGAGACGACAGAUCCACUGACAGACUGCCAGUGGCACAUACAUGCUUUAACCAACUGGACUUGCCUGCAUAUGAAACAUAUGACAAACUGAAAAGAAUGCUGCUCUUGGCUAUCAACGAAUGUUCUGAGGGAUUUGGUCUUGCUUAACUCAAAAAGACAUCCUGAAAUUGUUUUGCACACAAAACGAUUUAGUAAUACAUCUGUGUCGGCCGGUUGUAGAACAAAUACAUUUUAUAAGUGCAGAAUAACAAAAAGUGCUAUAAAUGGUGAUAUUGACGCUGUGCUCUGAAUGAAGUUGCUUUAUUAUGUUUUAUUGUGGAAAGAAGGUGCUUGUCAGGCUUUAUAUAGAUAUAUAUAUAUCCAUUCUGUCUUUUAGAGAUCUUCAUACAUUCAUGCAGUUGAUUAAUAUCUCAAAUUAAAAUGUAAAUAAUGUUGGGCUAUAAAUUUUACUUCUAGAAGACCUGCCACUAAUGCCAUGUAGUCAGGAAAAUAUCAUAGAAAUUAUUUGAAAUCUUGUAGAUGACUACUGUUUAUUAUAAAGUUAAAAAAACUAUAUUGAUAUACAUGUAUAUAUUAUAUACGUGCAUGAUGUGGGGGCAUUUUGUGAAUAAUACUGCAUUUACAAAGUAUGUGAAAUAUGUUGACAUAAACUAUAGCAAAGAGAAUCGCUAAAGCAUAGAAAUUACAGGAUUCUCAGUAGUUGUUGUUUGAUUUGUAAAUAUUGUCAAAUAUUUUGUUCUUAAGAUGUUAUUUAUUAUUUAAACUAUCAUUAAGCGACGGGGCAAAAAGUCAUACAAAAUGUGUGGUGCAUUGAUGAGUUAGAAUGAAAGAAGCUAGUAGUUUGAUGGGUAUCUGAAAGCAAUGAGUUAUCUGCCCUUCAUUUUUCACAUGUUUUUGUGUUAUACACAGUUUGCAAUGAUAGAUAUAUCUUUAAAAAAAAAUUACAUUUAUCACAUUUGUUACUUUCUAUUGUCCAUGAUGAAUAAAAUCUCUGCCAAAUUU